ACAUGGCUCCGGUAAAUGGCUCUUCCCUUUAGCGUACAGCUGUACAGUCUUUAGUCCAUUUUUCUUUCGCCUCAGGACUCAGAAGAGCACUGUCAUGGAGCCCAAGAAGGAGAAUCAGAGCGACCUGUUCGCUGGCUUUCACACGGUCUUUAAAUCGUUUGCUACAGAUGCCAUUCACAUCGGUCAGGAGCCAGAGCAGUGGAAAUCAAUGGCCGUGGUGCCGCCAAUUUCUCUUUCUACCACGUUCAAGCAAAACGGACCAGGAAACCACGCUGGGUUUGAGUACAGCAGAAGUGGAAACCCAACCAGAAAUGUCCUGGAGAAGGCUGUGGCAGCUCUAGAUGGAGCCAAGUAUUGUCUUGCUCUUGCAUCUGGACUUGCUGCUACUGUUACCAUAACCCACAUGCUCAAAGCUGGUGAUGGGAUAGUUUGCAUGGAUGAUGUGUAUGGAGGAACAAAUCGCUACUUUCAAAAAGUUGCUGCUCAGUUUGGCCUUGAAAUCAGUUUUGCUGAUUGCACUAAACCAGAGCUGCUCAAGGCUGCUAUUAAGAACAACACAAAAAUGGUGUGGAUUGAGACCCCAACAAACCCAACAAUGAAAGUUGUGGACAUCAGAGCCUGCUCAGAUUUAGCCCAUGAACAUAACAAAGACAUAAUUGUAGUAGUGGAUAACACAUUUAUGUCAGCCUAUUUUCAGCGGCCAUUAGCACUAGGAGCUGAUAUAUGCAUGUAUUCUGCUACCAAAUACAUGAAUGGCCACAGUGAUGUAGUAAUGGGUCUUAUCUCUGUCAACGAUGAGGCCCUGUAUGAUCGGCUUAAAUUUCUUCAGAACGCACUUGGUGGAGUGCCAUCUCCCUUUGACUGCUUCUUGUGCAACCGGGGCCUCAAGACGCUGCACCUUCGCAUGGAGAGACACUUCAAAAACGCAAUGGCCGCCGCCAAAUUCUUGGAGGCAGAUCCUAGAGUGGAGCGCGUCAUCUUUCCAGGCCUCCGUUCGCAUCCUCAAUAUGAUGUUGUGAAGAAACAAUGCACUGGAUGUCCUGGAAUGAUCACCUUCUACAUUAAAGGCAAACUAGAGCAUGCCAGUACCUUCCUCAGCAACCUCAAAAUGUUUGCUGUAGCCGAGAGUCUUGGUGGAUAUGAAAGUUUAGCUGAGCAUCCGGCUAUUAUGACCCAUGCAUCAGUACCUGAGAAAGAAAGGGCUGUACUUGGGAUCAGUGACACUCUGAUCAGGCUGUCCGUGGGGCUGGAGGAUGAGGAGGACAUCAUUGAAGAUCUUGCUCAGGCACUGGCUGCUGCUCAUCCAGAGAAGAAGUGAAAGUCUAUAGGGAGUCACAUCAUGACUGGAGAAUAUGAGACCGCUCCAAAUAAAAAGAUGAAUUAAAGGGAUGCACCUGCGGUCAAGACUUCUGAUUGUGAGCUCCAUAGAAUCAACAAUCAGGGAACAACUAUAUCUUUACUUGCUACUACUUGCAUUUUUCCAUAGAAGCUUUUUAACUUUGGUAAACAACAGCUGUAUUAUUAUUUAUCUCAUGAUUGCUUUAUUUUUUUCACGUCUAUAUGUUAUGUAAUAUUUUGCGUCAAUUUCAGGAGCUUCAUCAAUUACACAAAUCAAAAAUAAUUAUAAUUUUAUGAACCCUCGGACAACAUGUGCACACAAUGAAUCUGUUGUCCUUCAAUGAAUGUAUUUUUCAGUUACAAUCAAUGGAUUUUCAUUCCAAAGGGGGUGUUCAUGAUUUUAUACCAGAAAUGGUACAACAAAGUGUACAACAGUUAGAUAAAAAAAAAAUACUGUACAAGCAACCAAAAUCUGUGCAGCCAACAUUUCAUAUUGUUAAAUAAUAAAAGCUCUUUUAUUUAAAAAUAAAAUAACAAUAAUGACUGAACAAAGAUCUACUAUCUUCCAAAGGGCAAUCUCCAAUAAUAUGUGACUUGUGCCAUCGAGCUGAAAUAAAAACAAUUAAAGUAACAAAAAAA